UUAGUAGUAGUAAUCCUUCAAGGGUCGAUAGCAAUCUGAUCGAUAGCAAUCUGAUACUAUCUGAUACUACGUGUGAUUUUUUCUUAAAUUUCAUACUUUCCAUGAAAAGCUGUAGUACUGGUACGCACGAACCCGUAGGAGGAAAAAGUGCUUUUGGUUCAAGGAAAAAAAGGGAAAUCUCUCCAUAUUCAGCAACACUGCGAUUAUCACUAUCGUAUCGGAGAAUUAAGCAAUGGCAGGAAACGAAAGCGGCGAACAUAUUGUCUGCCACGACUACAUGGCUGCAUUGGAACGUACCAUCAACGAGAUGGACGUUCUUCGGGCUAUUUAUGGCGAGGAUGGCGACAACAACAAUCACGGAUCCGGAUCCUCCUCCUCAUUUGAAAUCGUAUCCCCCGGGCCAGAUGAGAUGAAUCGAAUGCGAAGAUUUCUAGGGCUCUGCAUCGAAGACGGCGAUGAGGACGAUGAUUUCGAACAUCAUGAAGACAAAUGCGAUGAAGGGGGAAAUAUGGAGGAUCAACCGCAACCAUUCCCGGAUAUUCAAAUCCAGCUCCGGAUUCCAAUCCAAAACAUUGAAGAGAACGGCAGCGACGACGAUAGAAUCGUCGCUACCCUCCGAUGCCGCUUGCCCCUCGGAUAUCCAGAAUACUUCCCCGCUCUCGUCACGUCCCUUCGUCUGGUGCCGGCACGGAACCGUUCGCUGACGGAAGAAAUCGCUCGCAGUCUAAACGAAACAUCGGCUACCAGUCUGCAGGGGACCGAAUCAAUCAUGGAUCUGGUCGAAGAGACCCGGGAGCUUCUCUUGUCCGAUCGAUUCGCUGCGGAUUCGUCCAAGGGCAGCGACCAGGUACACGAUGUAAAAGCCGAGGACCAACACCGCAACCGCGGGUGCCGCAUGUGGAUCUGGGUUCACCACAUUACGUCGACAGAUCGAAGAAAGUCUAUUUUGGAAGAAGCCCGCGAGCGUGACCUGACCGGAAUCCUCAAGCACGGAUACCCCGGGGUUGUUCUGGUGGAAGGAUCCCAUGCGGCAUGCGAAUCAUUUGUGGGUUGGAUCAAGGGCAACAAGAGUCGACCGGGUGGCUUCGGGCGAAACUGGGGACACCACGUGAGGGGCGAAAUCGAGUUUCCGCUCUCGGGGAGCCCAGAAGAGGAUUCGGUCGUCACAAAGACCGUCGCCAUGACGACCUUCGAGGAAAUGGAAGAGCUUUCCGCCAUGGCGAAAUCCUGUAAGGAAUUGGGGCUGGAAGACGAAUUCAAGGAGUUUGUCAUGCAACACAAAAAAUAGGUUUCUGCGAACUCUUGCACACUUCGGUGUAUCGUAAACCUACCACGAGCUUGAACCGGGUUAGUUUUGAUGGCCAAAGAAAGCAAGCAAUGAACGAGAAACAUAAAACAGAUGGAAACUAAAGCGACCAACGAUCUAUCUGUCCACGGAAUCCAAUUUUCCGAGAUGCUCAUCAACUCUUGGUACGACAAACGUAUUAUUUGAUUUGAUUCUCCUUGAUUUUACUCCAUUCGAUUCGAAUCAUCCGUGGCUCGGAUCCAUUCGUUUCGCCAAUCUUUGAAACAAGUUCGUAACGCUUUCAAGAGGGAGCACGAGCCAAAACUUGGGGUUUUAAUUCGGUUGUUCCAUUUUCUUGGAAACAGAAUUUUCCGAAAAAGCCUUUAUUCGUAUAGCAAAUACGAGAGAAAGCGGCACUGUGCUUGACUGGUAUUGGCAUCAUUAUACCAUCUGUCGUGAUUGAUAUUAUGGUACAGAAAUAUACUGUAAGAACAGUG